AAUUGCAGCUAUGGUGUUUUCUCUUCAAUUCAGUAAGCUGUAAGCUCCAUACCGAUUCUCUUUCUCUGUGCUUGUGUCGCUUCUUUAGUAGAAAAGUGGUUCGCGAAUGAAUAUUGUAUGUUAUUAAAAAGAUUUACCUACUGAAGCAUGUUGUAUAAGCACCGUCGAUAAUAAUACAACAAUUGGGAAACUGAUAAACUCAUGGAAUAUCUCCUCGCUGUAAGUUCUGUCGAAACUGAAAGGAUGGGUCGAAAGAAUCCUCAACAAAAUGAUUGGGCCAAGAGCAUUGUUACUAUUGUCAGCCAAUAUCCAAUUAUUUAUGAUAAACGGCAUAGUGAUUACAAAAAUCGAAGCAAGAAGAUGGCUAUUUGGAGGGACAUAUCUUAUUAUAUUGCCAGAGAAAUGCAGAUUACCAUGACAGCAAGCGAACUCGAGAAACGCUGGCUAGGUUGGAAAUCCACGUUCAUAUCAGAGCACAGGAGGCUUCAUACAUUUCCCAUAGACACUAAUGUGAAAAAAUGGUAUUUAUUCAACGCAAUGAUGUUUAUGGAACCAUAUAUAUCCCAUCAUCGAAAGACUUUGAAGAUGGAAGAGUCAUUUCAAACUGAAGACACUAAACCCAAGACUGAAUAUUCGUUGCAUUUGAGGAAACCAAUGUCGUCAAGAAUAACGAGAUCUUCCACUGGACAGUACCUUGAUUCAUUGGAGCCCUGUUAUUUAUCUCAGAAUGGAGUGGAGAAAUCCGACCUCGCUGACGCAAGCAAUACACUUGCCAUAUCUCAGGUUGUCGGAAACUACAGCGAUCAUGGAUUGAAACUUCUCGCAGAACCCGGUCAACCAAGAGUCGAAACACUUGAUCAAAUUGACCGUAAACCCGUAUGCCCUGACUCCUCUGGAUUAACGACAAGAUCGUCACGAGCGGAUACCUUCCAUGAACAAGGAAAGGAUAGAUGCAAGUGCAUCAUAGAAGAGAGGCUUGAACUUGUCCCCCUCGAGCGUAGAACGAUGUGUCUCAUCGAGAUAUUCCAAGUGAUUCACAAGUACGAAAGCCUUUUGUAAUAAAAUUUUUUCAAUAGUAAAUUGAAGUUCAGGGAAAAUUCUUUUUAAAUAUUCCAACGUCAUAGUACGUCUCAUGUAUGAGAAUUAUCGCAAUUAUUUUGUCUUUUAUGGUAGAAUUAAAUGUAAACUCGAUUUUGAGAAUUUGAAACAUUUCAGAAAAUGAAAAACCCAUAUUCUUAGUAAAAUACACAAGUUAUAAAAAUAAACAAAAAAGUAAACGAUUAA